UAAAAUUAGAGUAUUUAGGAAAUCAAGACAAAUGUUAUCUUACAUUGAUACGGAGUACAUGUUUGGUAUUGUGUCUUUCGUUUUUUGUUUUGAAAAAAGAGGUCGGUAUACAAUUCGGAGUUAUUUGUUUCUACGGUAAAAAUCUGUCACUUUCCUCCUUAUUUCCCAUCAGGGGCGACUUACCUAUGGAUAAACCCAUCCCUCACACUGAUGCUUGUUGAGAUCUGCGGUCGAAACCGUAAUUCGCUAUCACGCAAAACUAAUUUGAUUAAUUUCUCUUUUAUCGUGAUUUCCAAUUCGCUUUUUCGUGAUCUUGAUCGACGGAGCUAGACAAUUUCGCAAUUCGCAGUCUCGAUUUUCUCAAAGGGCGUUGAAGAUUAACUUUGGUUCCAUCCUUAUUCCAGGUGGUAGUGGCAGUAAAUCAUGUCUCAUCAAGGGGAUGAUGCUGAUUACAUGGCUGAUGAGUAUGAAAUGGAGGAUGUCGAUGAUAUGGAAGAUGAGUUUCAUGGCAGAGAAAUGGCUGGCUCAGACUCUGAUGUGGAUGAAUAUGACUACAUGAACAACAAAAUGCAAGACACAUCUGCUGCUGAGGCAAGGAGGGGGAAAGACAUCCAAGGGAUUCCAUGGGAACGACUUAGCAUAACAAGAGAGAAAUACAGAAAGACUAGACUUGAGCAGUAUAAGAACUAUGAAAACAUUCCUCAAUCCGGUGAUAUAUCAGAGAAGGAAUGUAAAACCACAGAAAAACGGAAUUCAUACUAUGAGUUUAGACGUAAUUCCAGAUCUGUAAAAUCAACAAUUUUACACUUCCAGUUGAGGAACUUAGUAUGGGCAACUUCAAAACAUGAUGUCUAUCUUAUGUCACAUUUCUCUAUUAUUCAUUGGUCUUCCUUGACUUGCACCAAGAGCGAAGUUCUAAAUGUCUCAGGCCACGUAGCACCAUCAGAGAAACAUCCCGGAAGCUUAUUGGAGGGAUUCACACAGACUCAAGUUAGCACUUUAGCUGUGAAAGAUAAUCUCCUUGUUGCUGGUGGGUUUCAAGGAGAGCUUAUUUGCAAGUAUUUAGAUAGGCCUGGAAUAUGUUUCUGCUCUCGCACAACGUACGAUGAUAAUGCCAUAACUAAUGCUGUUGAGAUACACACAUCUCCCAGUGGUGCACUUCAUUUUAUAGCUUCAAAUAAUGAUUGUGGUGUAAGAGCUUUUGAUAUGGAGAAGUUUCAACUUUCGAAGCAUUUCCGGUUUCCGUGGCCAGUGAAUCACACAGCUUUGAGCCCUGAUGGAAAACUGCUUAUUAUAGUAGGAGAUAACCCAGAUGGUCUGCUGGUUGACUCUAGAACUGGAAAGGUUGUGGCACCUUUGGAAGGACAUCUGGACUAUUCGUUUGCAUCAUCAUGGCAUCCCGACGGUUUGACAUUUGCAACGGGAAACCAGGACAGGACCUGCAGAGUGUGGGAUGUGCGGAACAUGUCCAAGUCAGUUUCGGCUCUGAAGGGCAACCUGGGAGCCAUUCGGUCCAUACGCUAUUCGUCCGAUGGGAGAUUCAUGGCCAUGGCAGAGCCUGCAGAUUUCGUUCAUGUAUUUGAUGUCAAGAGUGGUUAUGAGAAGGAGCAAGAGAUAGACUUCUUUGGGGAAAUAUCAGGGAUGUCCUUUAGUCCUGAUACGGAGUCCCUUUUCAUUGGGGUUUGGGAUCGCACUUACGGAAGCCUGCUUGAGUUUGGACGGCGUCACAACUACUCCUACCUAGAUACGAUCAUCUAAUCACUUAUCCAUGCUCAUUGGUGUGACUUUGUUUGAUCCUCCCUUCUAAUAGUGCAACUAUCAACCAGUCCACAGCCGACUUCCUAUAUAGUAUAAAUUGCUGCUGCACAAAUAGGCGGCAGAAUUCAGCAGCUGUAAAAUUUCUUAUGUUGUGCGUUGUUGGCUUUUUUUAAACAUCAAAUUGUUUAUGACCUUCGGCCAUAAAUGUGUAGAAUGUGGGCGGAAUGUAUAGAAGGCCAGACAAACUCCUUUCAUAUGGGAUGACAAGAACAUAAAAAUAGUGAGGGAUUUGUCGGACUCUAAACCUUUGUUGGGAUUGAUGACUGCAUUUAUCAAUCAAUUAUUAAAGCAAUUAUG